AUGGAGGCUGCAGGGCCGCUCCAGGCCAGGAGGUGCUACCAAGGGGCCCUGGAGAAACUCUUCCCUCGCCUCUGCUUUCUCUGCUCCCUGGUGGCCUACGCGCUGGUGGGUGCCCUGCUCUUCUCAGCCAUUGAGGGUGGCCAGGACCUGGGGACUGGUGACAGGGAGCUCGAGGAUUUCUUGGAGAAGCUCUGCUUCCUCUUGCAGUGCAACAAAACUGUUAUGGAAGACAGGAAACUGGAUCUCGGGGAGCUGCUGCCCAAGGUGAAGCGCCAGUGGUUUAGCAGGUCUGCAGACUGGUCCUUCCUGAGCUCGCUCUUUUUCUGUUGCACAGUGAUCAGCACCGUGGGCUACAGCCACAUCUUCCCCGUCACCAGGCUCGGCAAAUACCUGUGCAUGCUCUACGCGCUCUUCGGCAUCCCUCUGAUGGUCUUGGUCCUCACAGACACCGGCGACAUCCUGGCGACCAUCUUCUCCACAUCUUAUAAUCGGUUCCGAAAACUCCCAUUCCUCCGCCCUCCCCUUUGCAAAUGGUGCCCCCGACUGUGUUGCAGGAGAAGGCCGGACGCCAAGCCUGUAGAACAAACUGUCCCCAGGAUCGUCAUCGACACCCCAGAGCCCCAGGGCCCCAUGGCCAGCAGGCGUCCCUCAGUCUCAAGCGGCAACAUGGAGCUGCUCGAGAGGCUUCUUGCACAAGAGAAACAGAGGGCCCUGCAGCCGCCCCCGCGGCCCAUGGAGAGGAGUAGCUCCUGUCCCGAGCUGGCGUCGGGGAGACUCUCCUUCUCUGUCAUCAGCAACCUGGACGAGGUGGGCCGACAGGUGGAGAAGCUGGACGUGCCCCUGCCUCUCAUCACCCUCAUUGUCUUCGCCUACAUCUCGUGUGCGGCCGCCAUCCUCCCGACCUGGGAGAAGCAUCUGGACUUCGAGAACGCCUUCUACUUCUGCUUUGUCACGCUGACCACCAUUGGGUUCGGCGACAUCGCUUUACAGCACCCUCACUUCUUCCUGUUUUUCUCCCUCUAUAUCAUCAUUGGGAUGGAGAUUGUGUGCAUUGCUUUCAAGUUGGUGCAAAACAGGCUGAUUCACCUCUACAAAAGCCUCAUACUGUUCUUCACGAAAGGGAAGCUUUAG